CGCCGGAGACCAGGCAACCUCGCUGCCCCCGCCCAGGAUGCAGCGCAGGAAGAGGAACGCGGGCAGCAGCUCGGAUGGGACGGAGGACUCGGAUUUCUCCACGGAUCCCGAGCACACGGACAGCUCCGAGAGCGAUGGCACCUCCAGGAGAUCCGCCCGUGUCACCCGCUCCUCGGCCAGGCUCAGCCAGAGCUCCCAGGACUCCAGCCCGGUGCGGAACGCGCCGUCCCUGGGCGCGGACGAGCCCGUGUACUCCACACGGAGGGUGACCCGCAGCCAGCAGCAGCCGGCUCCUGUCACCCCCAAAAAGUACCCACUGCGCCAGACCCGCUCGUCGGGCUCUGAGACCGAGCAGGCCGUGGAUUUCUCGGACAGAGACACCAAAAACGCUGCGGAUCACGACGAGUCCCCUCCCCGCACCCCCACGGGCAACGCCCCUUCCUCGGAGUCUGACAUCGACAUCUCCAGCCCCAACGUGUCCCACGACGAGAGCCUGGCCAAGGACAUGUCCCUCAAGGACUCGGGCAGUGACCUGUCCCACCGGCCCAAGCGCCGCCGCUUCCACGAGAGCUACAACUUCAACAUGAAGUGUCCAACUCCUGGCUGCAACUCCCUGGGACACCUGACCGGGAAGCACGAGCGCCACUUCUCCAUCUCGGGCUGCCCUCUGUACCACAACCUCUCAGCAGACGAGUGCAAGGUGCGAGCUCAGAGCCGGGACAAGCAGAUUGAGGAGCGGAUGUUGGCUCACAGGCAGGAUGACAACAACAGGCACGCCACCAGGCACCAGGCCCCCACAGAGAGGCAGCUGCGGUACAAGGAGAAGGUGGCUGAGCUCAGGAAGAAGAGGAACUCGGGGCUGAGCAAGGAGCAGAAGGAGAAAUACAUGGAGCACAGACAAACCUAUGGCAACACCAGGGAGCCUCUCCUGGAGAACCUGACCAGCGAGUACGACCUGGAGCUGUUCAGGAGGGCCCAGGCACGCGCCUCUGAGGACCUGGAGAAGCUGAGGCUGCAGGGGCAGAUCACCGAGGGCAGUAACAUGAUCAAAACCAUCGCGUUCGGGCGCUACGAGCUGGACACGUGGUACCACUCGCCCUACCCCGAGGAGUACGCGCGCCUCGGGCGCCUCUACAUGUGCGAGUUCUGCCUCAAGUACAUGAAGAGCCAGACCAUCCUCCGCAGGCACAUGGUCAGGGCUGCGCCUGGGAGGGCUGGCCUGGCCUUUUUUUGUGCCCAGAUUUACUGUCAGAACCUGUGUCUGCUGGCAAAGCUUUUCCUGGACCACAAAACUCUUUAUUAUGACGUGGAGCCCUUCCUGUUCUACGUCAUGACAGAGGCUGACAACACUGGCUGCCACCUGAUCGGGUAUUUCUCCAAGGAGAAGAAUUCCUUCCUCAACUACAACGUGUCCUGCAUCCUGACCAUGCCCCAGUACAUGAGACAAGGCUAUGGCAAAAUGCUCAUUGACUUCAGUUAUUUGCUGUCUAAAGUAGAAGAAAAAGUUGGUUCCCCUGAACGUCCCCUGUCUGACCUGGGCCUCAUCAGCUACAGGAGCUACUGGAAGGAAGUUCUGCUGCGGUACCUGCACAACUUCCAGGGCAAGGAGAUCUCCAUCAAAGAGAUCAGCCAGGAGACUGCUGUGAACCCCGUGGACAUCGUGAGCACCCUGCAGGCCCUGCAGAUGCUCAAGUACUGGAAGGGCAAACACCUGGUCCUCAAGAGACAGGACCUCAUCGACGAGUGGAUCGCCAAGGAGGCCAAGAGGUCCAACAGCAACAAGACCAUGGACCCCAGCUGCCUGAAGUGGACCCCUCCCAAGGGCACCUAGGUGUCCCCAGCAGUGUCCCCAGCACCGUGGGGAUCCGUGUCGAGCCGUUGGCUGCUGCAGUGUCCCCAGGGCAGGUCGCCCCCGGGCUGGCCUGGCCUGGCCCCGUGUCCCCACAGUUCUGAGGAACUCGGAUGUUUUCGGCCUCAGUGAGGCCGCCAGGACUGGAAGUGUCAGAGCCCCAGGGAGCUCUGAUUGCUGGGCCUGUCCCUGUCCCCUGCUGUCCCCUGCUGUCCCCUGUGC